CAGGGGGGCGCACUGGGAGUGUCAGAGGGGUGCUGGCGUUACUGGGGAGAGAGCACCGAGGGUCUGGUCUGGGGGGGAUCCCCGGGGCGGUACCAAUGGUCCGUGGUGUACCGGGGUCUGGAGCCAGCCUCGGGGGCAAUCCCAGGGCAGUAGCGGUGGUCUUAGGGCGAUCCCGCGGCUGAUCCUUGAUACCCGUGUCCGGGGUCACUGGGGAUGAGGAGGCGGCACUGGGGACGGUGCGGGGAAAGGCACCGGACUUCCUCGGACUGAUGCCGGGGAUCUGAGAGCUAUCCUGGGGACAGUACCGGUGGUCCGAGGCGGUACCGGGAGUGGUGAGGCGGCCUCGCGGGCGAUGCGGGGGAGGCGCCGGUGGUCAGGGGAGGUACAAGGGAUUUGGUGUUGAUCCCGGAGCGAUCCGGGGGAUCUCGGGGACAGUACCGGGCUUCCAGGGGGGAACCGGGCUGUGGAGGCGGCCCUGGGGUUGAUACGGGGGUCAUCCCGGAGAUCUAGGGGCGUUCCCGAGGCGGAGCCGGAGGGGUCCCGCGGGGAGGCACCGCGGAUUUGGAAGCAGGCCUGGAGGCGGUGCGAGGGUAGAUCCCAGGAAUCUGGGGGUGAUUCCGAAAAUUUCGGGGCGAUCCCAGGGGCAGUAUCGAGGGUCCGGGAUGGUACCGGGGAAGGGGAGGCGGCCCCAGGGGCGAUCGCGGAGGCGGUACCGGGGAUCUGGGGACGAUCCCGGGGGCGGUCCCAAGCCGGUCCCGGUCUCCCCGCUGGCGAUCGCGAAGAAGACCCCGGGGCACUCCCUCGGUGCGGGGCCGGUGCCGGUGCCGGGAGCCCCGGGCGGUGCCAAGGGCGGUCCCUGUCUCUCGGCGGGUGGUGCCCAAGAAGACCCCGGGGCACUCCCACGGUGCGGGGCCGGAGCCGGUGCCGGGAACCCCGGGCGGUGCCAAGGGCGGUCCCGGGGCGGAGCCCAUCGCGAUCGCGAUCGCGGUGCUGGUGCCGGUGUCGGGGCAGCGACGGAGCCCGGGGCAUGGCGGGCCUGGGCGCCUCGGAACCGGGCACCGGCCCCGGUCCCGUCCCGGCCACUCGCGUGGAACUCACGGUGUCCUGCAGGCAGCUCCUGGACAGGGACACCUUCUCCAAGUCGGACCCAAUCUGUGUGCUGUACACACAGCGCCCUGGCAGCCACCAAUGGCGGGAGGUAUGAUGUGGACUCCAAGAGCCCUGACCUCUCCAAGCAUGAUUUCCUGGGCCAGGCAUUCUGCACCCUGGGGGAGAUCAUCGGCUCAGCUGGCAGCCGCCUGGAGAAGCCCUUGACGUCUCUUUUGGUGUGCCCAGGAUGGACCCAGAUCCCAGAGCCAGCAGUGGCAUUUUGGAUGGUGGGGAGGAUGGGGACAGCCGCCAUGCACCCCAGGGGCAGGAGACCUGCCCCAGCUGUCUCCAAUGGUGGCAUUCUGGGGAAGAAGUGCGGCACCAUCAUACUCCUUGCUGAAGAGUUGGGAAACUGCCGGGACGUGGCCACACUCCAGUUCUGCGCCAGCAAGUUGGAUAAGAAGGAUUUCUUCGGAAAAUCUGACCCCUUCAUGGUCUUCUACCGCAGCAAUGAAGACGGGACUUUCACCAUCUGCCACAAGACGGAAGUGGUGCGGAACACACUGAAUCCCGUCUGGGCGGCCUUUGCCAUUCCUGUGCGUGCCCUCUGCAAUGGGGACCACGACCGAGCCAUCAAAGUGGAGGUAUAUGACUGGGACCGUGAUGGCAGCCACGACUUCAUUGGGGAGUUCACCACCAGCUACCGGGAGCUGGCACGAGGCCAGAGCCACUUCAACGUGUACGAGGUGGUGAACCCCCGGAAGAAGAUGAAGAAGAAGAAGUACCUGAACUCGGGGACAGUGACACUGCUGUCCUUCGCUGUGGAGGCCGAGCACACCUUCCUGGACUACAUCAGGGGCGGGACCCAACUCAACUUCACAGUGGCCAUAGACUUCACAGCAUCCAAUGGGAACCCCUCGCAGCCCACGUCUCUGCACUACCUGAGCCCCUUCCAGCUGAAUGCCUACAGCCUGGCACUGAGGGCCGUGGGGGACAUCAUCCAGGACUACGACAGUGACAAAAUGUUCCCAGCCCUUGGCUUUGGUGCCAAGGUCCCCCCGGAUGGACACGUGUCCCACGAGUUCCCACUGAAUGGGGAUGCAUCAAAUCCGGCAUGCCAUGGCAUUGCGGGGGUGCUGGAGGCAUAUCAGCGCAGCCUGCGCCAUGUCCAGCUCUACGGCCCCACCAACUUUGCCCCUGUUGUCAACCAUGUUGCCCGACCAAGGAGGCCAUCGUCAAUGCUGCCAAAUUGCCCAUGUCCAUUAUCAUCGUGGGAGUUGGCCAGGCUGAGUUUGAUGCCAUGGUGGAGCUGGAUGGGGACGACAUCCGCAUCUCUUCCCGUGGGAAAGUGGCUGAGCGUGAUAUCGUCCAGUCACCACCGUACCACAACAGCCUCGGAUCGGGGGUGGGAUGUGUGCCAGAGUAAGCUCUGCAGCAAAACCCUUCCUCCUAAAAGACGGCAGAACCUUAAAAUCUCUUCUCAAGGCCAUCUCUGCUGAUGAAUUUCUGAAAGUCGAAACGUGAGCUUCAUCUCAGCCGAAUACAUAAAAUACGGCAUGCUCGCGCCACAAAGCACAGCCCCGCUCAGCCCCGUGACGGCCACCCCCGCGCCGCCCUCAGGCCCUGCCCGACGCCUUCGCGCGCUGCCUCCCCGGCCGUGCCGCGCCUGCUGCCGGCGCUGCGCCUGCCUACGGCCCUGAAACCACUGCAAUCACCGGCGCGCUGCUGUGCCUGCUGGGCGCUCGUAUCGACAUUCCAAAGGGACUUUGCAUGUCCGCCCGCCCUUGGCCCCCUGACCCUGCUCUUGGCCCCGCGCCAAAUCCACUUCGCUCCCGGGCUCGGCGGCACCUCUCCGCCGCCCGCUCCUCUCCUCCUUGCUGCGUUUGGGUUGACCCGAAGCUGCUGGAGCUCCAGGAGCAUUUGGACACUGCUCCCAGGGAUGCACAGGCUGCCAUAGUUGGGCUGUCUGUGCAGGGCCAGGGGCUGCACUCCAUGAUUCCACUGGCUCCCUCCCAGCUCAGCCCCUUCUGCAAUUCUCACCCUUUGGCUCAGCUUUUGUGUCCACUGAGGCCCUGGCAAAGCUGAUGGGGGCAGGCAGGACCGGUGACAGCCCCAGCGUUCCCCUGUCUGUGACACCCCAGCGGUGACAGCCCCAGCAUUCCCUCCCUGGAGAUGCUUCAAGGGAUGUGUCCACAGCUGCGGCCAGUCAACGGAACUGACCGGCCAAUGAACACCCCCAGCCUGGGCUCGGGGAAGGUCCCCCUGGCGACCUCCACAGUGCCACAGGCAAGUGUCAGAUACAGUUACAUAGGUCUGCCCAGAGCUGACAGGGAAGGUUCAUAAAAAACAAAAAAAAACACCAAGAAAAAGAUAACUCCACCCUGCAGAGCUGCUCCCUCAUUCUCUAGUUUCACCUGCACACACAGAGGACCUGAGACUAAAAGCAAUGAACUCAGGCACAUAUGCAGUAAAAGCAGCUUGGGGACAGCCUUGCAGCAGGACUCUUCUCAUCCCAGUGAAAUAGGCCCCUUGGCAGGCAGCUCUAGGGCCUUUGGAAAGGGCAAGGGUCAGAGCCUCAGCCUACAGGGAAGAAAAGGGCUCUGAAUUGCCUGCCCUUGGCACAUAAACCCUGCUCCCAGGCUGCUUCACACACAGGAUUUAUCUGGAGGACUGCAGAAAGCUGAGACUCAGCUCUGGCUUUUCCAUGUCCCGUGCCAUAAAGCUUGCCUGGGAAAAGAAAUUUAGGGUCAGCUCUGCUGGCACAAUCCCUUCUGGCCCAGGGUAGAGUGCCAGGAAAGUCUUUCCAUGCUGAGGCUUUGCUGCAGUCAAGGAAAGCUCCUGGCUCAGGAUCACCUUUCCUGCUCAGUCAGACCCUUUGAGUGCCCCAGCAGCAGGAAAUUGCCAGAUCUGGGUGGUACCAGUCCUGGCAAAUGCCAGACUUGGACAUUGCCAGCACCGGCAAUUUGCCAUAUCUGGAAGCCUGGCACCUGGGCACAGUGCCAACAAACACCAGAUUCCAGGUGCUGGUGAGCACCAAAUCUGGAU